CCUAACCCUAAGUCCUAACGUCAUCUCUUAACUGUUCCCGACUCCUAACUUAAAAAGGUGAGAAGCAAAAAAGAUUAGCGCUAUUUUUUAAAAAUUCGUAAAUAAGGAGGAUGGUUUUCUGCUCUAGUUGCUCUAGAAACGUUGCUGGAGAACGCCUCAAUGAAGGUGUUUUGUGUUGUAAUUUUUGCGGGAAGGUUUUGGAAGAAUACAAUUAUGCAACCGAACCUCAAUUCGUUAAAGAUUCAGCUGGCCAGAGCAAAUUGUCCGGAAAUUUUGUGAAAUCCGUCCAAGAUAUUUCAGAUUCACGUAGGCGUACAUUGGAUAAAGCUUUUGAUAAUAUGAAUAGUCUGAGGAUUCAAUUAGAGAUUGACGAUUAUAGUGAUGAAGUUGUUCAAAUUGCUAGACGCUUUUAUGAAAUUGGCCUUGAACGGAAUUUCACUAGGGGGCGCAGAUCAGAACUAGUAGAGGCUGCAUGUCUUUAUCUUGCCUGUCGGCAAAAGAGAAAGCCGUUCCUCCUUAUUGAUUUUUCAAAUUCUAUAAGUGUAAACGUUUAUGAGCUUGGCUCUGUAUAUCUGCAGCUUUGUUAUGUGCUCUACCUUGCUGACACAAAAGAUCUUCCGAAACUAGUUGAUCCUUCAAUUUUUAUUCAUAAAUUUACAAAUACUUUGAUUCCAGAAGGGAAUGAUGCAGUUGUUAAAACUGCACGAGACAUUUUAGCUAGCAUGAAACGGGACUGGAUGCAGACAGGGAGAAAACCCAGUGGAUUAUGUGGUGCAGCGCUAUACAUUUCUGCUCUUUCACAUGGUUUGAAGGUUUCUAAGUCAAAAAUUAUAGAGGUUGUUCACAUUUGUGAAGCAACAUUGUCAAAGCGGUUGAUUGAAUUUGAGAAUACCGACGCUGGAGCCUUAACGAUGGAGGAGUUUACGGAAAAGGAGAGGGAGCUUCGAAAUAGUUCAUUAACUAUAAAACAGCCAAAUACUGGGUCAAAAGAAACAAGCUUAGAUGAAGUUCUGUGUAGGCAUACGGAGAGAAAAUCUUUUGCCUAUGGACUUUGUAAUGAAUGUUAUGAAGAGUUCAUGAAGGUUUCAGGAGGGCUUGAAGGGGGAUCAGAUCCACCUGCAUUCCAACGUGCUGAGAAAGAGAGACUUGCAAAAUUAUCUGUAGAGGAAAAUUCUAAUAGCGUAUCUAACAGCACCAUCGAGAGUGGAUCUGAAAAAGCUCAAAAUAUUGGGAUUUUAGAGGAUGCAACUAACAAGGCAGCCAUUGAUGACUGUGACAAUAAUAAAUUACCUGGAGUUGAUGGUAGUGAUGAUGGAUCGGAUAACUUUUCUGAUAUUGAUGAUUUUGAGGUUGACAGUUAUCUUCUUCACAACGAGGAGGAGAAGCAUUUCAAAAAGAUCAUUUGGGAAGAAAUGAACCGGGAAUAUCUUGAGGAACAAGCAGCCAAGGAAGCAGCCAUAGAAGCUGCUAAGGAGGCUUUAAUGGCCAAGUAUGAUAAAUGCCCAGAGGACCUCCAAGCUGCACAGGAGCUUGCCGCAGCUGCUGCAGAAGUAGUGGCAAAAUCUAGAAAGGAGAGACGACAAAAGCGGGCUGCUGAAGAAAAAAGUGCAGGUCCUCCACAGACUGCUGCUGAGGCAACCCGGCGAAUGCUGGUCAAGAAGGGACUAAGCUCAAAAAUAAACUACGAUGCAUUGGAGAAACUCUUCGAUGACCCGGUAGGUACAGAGAAACCCAAGAAACAAAAACUUGAGUCAAAUUUGGAUGAAAACGAAGAGAAGGGUUCAGAAAUUGGGAAAGCAGGUGAUGAAUAUAACGAUGAUGGAGGGGAUGAAGAAGAUUAUGAAGACUAUAACCCGGAAUUUGACAGCCAAGUUUAUGAUUAUGAGUAUGAUGGAUAUUGAGAACUUAGGAGUGACAGCAGGGGUCAUGGCUUCUCCAAG